AUGCCAAGCCGACUAGACUACCUCAUACAAAAGCUGGAUGACCUCGAAGAUGCCAUCCGGCGCGAGAAAAGAGAGUACGACAGGGCGAGGGACCGAUACGACAGGAUGAGGAGCCGAGACAUCCUCGAAGACCUCAGGGAACAGCUCCUCGGGUAUCAGACCGAGCACGACGAGCUCCAGCGAGCGCGCGCGGCUCGAGAGAGAGCUCCCCCUCAGCAGCGACACAACGGCCAGCCGCAGGGACGCCCAAGCCACCCGCCCAACAACACACAGCAAAGGCAACAACAGCAUAUGCCGCCGCCACCGCCUCCCCAACAGCACAGAACGGCUUAUCCUCACCGCGGGCGGCCGGCUCCCCAGCAGAGCCCCACUGGGGCCUACCCACCACGAAACAAUUAUUACGGCCCAGGCAGCAGCGAGAACCAGCGGCCCGCGCCGCCUCGGCCGCGCCAGAAAACGGAGAUGCUGGACUAUGAAAUUGAGGAGCCCGAUGGAAAGACAUACGUUGUCAGGGGUGGGGCUGUAUUCCGAGAUUUCGAUCCUGCGCGGGAUGCUGUGCGGAAGCCCCAGUGA